UCCCAUCAUGAUAGUUUAUUUUGUUACACCCCGAGUUCUGCCGUAGCGAUUUGUGUUUUCGCGCCCUGCUUUACGUGCGCCAAGACGAUCUCCCUUUGGUACGCGCGAUGAUCGGGCGGCCAUACGAUCGCGUUGGAGACGCGUUACAUACGCAUCGUAACAUAGCGUGCCGCGGUAUGAUUUUUGUAAGACAUUCUCGAUCGUUUUGUACUAUUUUGAACGGGUUCUGGUUUUGUGGAACGUUUGCUUUCUUUUCGUUUUUUUUUCUUCUCUCUGUUGCGUUGUUGGUUUGUUCAUUCUCUUCUCUGCUAGCCUUAGGCAGGGAACGUACCGAGCAUGCCCUAGUCUGUUGCAUUUUGCCUAUUUUCUAUUCAUAAACACAUGCAUCCCAGCUUCCCUUCUUGUUGGAUCGCAAAACGAGGUCUGGAUGCAUCGCGUUAGUAGUUUUUCCUUUUGGGUAGUCGAAACAAAUAGGAAAAAAAAACAGAGGGAGAAGAAGUUUUUGACGCGGCUUGAAGAUGAGACGCUUGUACCGCGUAACACUCAAAAGAAACAAGAAACGUCCAGCGGGGGAGGGGAAAGGAACAUGGCAAUGCGAUGAUACUGCACGGGGAAAAUAAAAACCUUAAAACAACCGGACACACAUGGAGUAGCGUUUUUGAGAUUGCUGGUACGCCAGACACGCGCGCGCGAUUUAGUUUUUCUAGUCGCGUGAAGUCGUUGUGAGGUGCAUUUUUGGGGUGCACACGCACAAGUUUAGUAGUGCAAAGGACGGUUCUGCUGGAAGGAUGUCAACGUUUUUCACCACCAACCGGCACGGGUACAGUGUGCGUUUUUCGCCCUUCAACCCGGACCAGUUCGUCGUGGCAUCGAGCCAAUUCUAUGGGCUGGCCGGUGGUGGCACACUGUACUUUCUUGAGCUAACACCGGACGGUUGCGGGAUCGUCGAGAAGCGAACCCAUCACUGGACGGACGGUCUGUUUGACGUGACAUGGUCCGAAUCGAACCCGGAAAUCAUUGUGUCCGGUUCGGGUGAUGGCAGUGUCCAGCUGUGGAACACCAACGUGUCCAGCAACAAUGGGCCACCGUCGAUGGUGUACCGGGAGCACAAGAAGGAGAUCUACAGCGUGGACUGGAGCAAGGUACCGUACGAGCAGCUCUUCAUCAGUGCCAGCUGGGACAGUACGGUGAAGAUAUGGGAUCCGAUCCGGAAUAACUCGCUCAGCACGUACAUCGGCCAUACGCAGCUGGUGUACAAUGCCGUGUUUGCGGCCCACAUCCCCAACACGUUUGCUAGCGUGAGUGGCGAUGGUUUCCUGAAGAUUUGGGACAUCCUCUGUUACGAUCUACCGAUCGCAAGCAUUAAAGCGCACGAUGGAGAGGUCUUAACGGUGGAUUGGUGCAAACACGACUCGAACAUUCUCGCUACUGGCGCGUCGGACGGUUUGAUACGCAUUUGGGACCUGAGAAACUUCGGCGUACCGAUCACGGAACUGAAGGGCAAUGAGUUUGCCGUAAGAAAAGUACAAUUUUCACCGCACAAUUUCUCCGUACUGGCCAGCGUGGGAUACGACUUUACAACCAGAAUAUGGGACUUUAAGAAGAGCAAUGAAGCUAUGGAAACGAUCAAACAUCAUUCGGAGUUUACGUACGGGCUCGAUUGGAACAGACGUCGCCGUAAUCAGCUGGCCGACUGUGGAUGGGACUCGUUGGUGCACGUUUUCAAGCCGGAUUGCCUAUCGGAUAAGAUCUAGGCGGUAUCGUGCCGGAAGGUGCACACCACCGCAACAGUUCCUUUUGAAUGUGACUUCAAGCGAAGGAUGUAGCCAGUAAGGUGUAGACGUGUGAUCUAUGUGUCCCCUUCCACAAAUCCCCCACCCCAACUCAACCACAGCACAUCCAAUCGUCCUAAGGUGUAGUACGUUCCAAAGCCUAACCCCGUGAAAAGUGCGGGGCUAUGGGAUCGGCAAGCCAAAAUUUUGUAUUUCGGCCAAAAGUGGAAAGUGGGAAAAAUUGUGAUUUAGAUGAUAAGUAGACCAAAACAAGGCUCCCCGGGAUGCUGUGACUCUUGGCACCAGGCCUGUAGGCGGGAGGCUGUCACAUUGAAAUUAACUAUUUGUACAGAAAGUAAUCGUGCAAGGGCGUCAAAAAAAAUGGGAGUGCGCCAAUAACACCGUCCGGAAAGGAUGGUGUAAAAUUUAUGUUUCGAUGUACAGUUGUAAUCAAAACACUCGGUGAUGGUAGAGCUGCGGUAGAUGAUACUUACAUACAUGGUGCGUGGUACAGCUGUAAAGGAAGCUUAGCGGCAGCGAAUUAUAGAACGGUGCGCAAUUUGAUGGUAGUUUAUAUUAAACUUUAACUGUUUAUAUUAUUAUUUAUUACUCUUCAUUGAAGAUCGUUGCAGCUUGGUUACAUGUUUCUUUUUCUCUUUUCACAACGCGCUUGGUUUAUUGCGAGGUAGGGUUUUGGGUUUUAUUUUUGUGCUGGUGCAAGCAUUGUUUUAGGCUAAUGGAUUAUAGUUCGGGAUAUUACAAAAAAGCAUGGUAUUAAAAACAAGAUAGAUAAAUUUGUGAAAAACCAAACACACAGGAAAUAUAUGCAUAUGUGUCUGAGAAA